AUGAAUUGCAAACAAUAUUGGAAUAAAACUUUAGGAGAAUCCAGUAUACAUGGAUUUCCUUAUUUGGUACGACGUCAGCUGCAUUGGUUGGAGAAACUUUUCUGGGCUGCAGCCAUUAUUGCAGCCACCUACAGUUCCUUAGACAUAUGCCUCAAUCAAUGGAAACGUUUUCGUGAUAAUCCCAUUGUAUAUGCCAUGGAAUUGGCAUGGGGCAAAUCGAAUUUUCCUUUUGUGGGCAUUACGUUAUGUACGGAAUCUUCGAAUCAGGAAGAUAUGGAUGAGGUCAUUUCCCAAAAUUGGGAUGUAACAGCAGCAAGCAAUGCUACUCAAUAUAAGUACUAUGCGGAUUUUUUGAAAGUUCUAAAUUCUUUGAAUACCAUGAGCCUGGAGAAGUUGAAGCCUUACGAAAAUGAUAGCAGUUUGAAUGAUUUGAAAUUUUUGGAAAUGUUAUUGUUUAUGCGUCAUAAAUUUAUACCUCGCAUGGAGUAUGCUAAUCCGUCUGAUAAUGAUAAAAAAUUACCUGGUUCUUCAUUUGAUGUUGAGGGCAGAGAGCAAAUUUAUGCUGCCGCUAUGACAGAAAUUGGACUUUGUCGCACUACUUCGCAAUUGACACGCUACACGAACCCAUUUGGAAACUUAAAAACCCUAAAAGUAUCAGGCAUUAGCUAUUGUGACAUAAUGAAUGAGUGUAAUACGAAAAUUUUUCCGAAAGUUGGAGUGGACUCCAGUCUUUUAAUCUUUCUGCACAAUGUGGAAGAUAUUGUAGCACCUUAUGAUCAGGGCACAAUAAUGCGCCAUGCCACCAUGGAGGGUUCAUUGACCAUUGAACUGUUGUUGGGUCUGACAACAGCUGAAACGGAAGUAAGAAAUUUACCCAUAGCCUAUAGGAAAUGUCGCUAUAAGGAUGAAAAUAAUUUAAAAUAUUUUGAGAUUUAUCGUCCUGGCUUGUGUCGCAUAGAAUGUCGUAUAAAUGUGGCCAUGCAAAAGUGUGGUUGCAAGCCAUAUUUCUAUGUAGUGGCACCCCAUUUGCCGGUCUGUAAUAUUAAAGGUAUGUUGUGUUUGGCACAUGAACAUUGGCCCAAAGUGGCACAAUGCAAUUGUCCCAAUUUGUGUGAAGAGGAAACUUAUGUUAGCAUGCAAACAACUUUACAAAAAGAUGAAUCGACAAAAUUUGAAAGGACUAUUAUAGUCAAACUAUUUCUACCACGCAUGGCUAUGAAACGUCGUGUUGUCUUUAGUACAGAUCAAUUAAUCAUGUCAUUUGGUGGUGCAAUUGGUCUAUUUUUGGGUGCCAGUUUUAUCAGUAUCUAUGGUUUGCUGUAUGUUCUAAGUGAAUACAUAUUUGCCAAUGUUUGGUCGUGCCUUAAAAUGAAAAGAAAUGCCAAGAAACAUCGUAUCGGUGCAGAGAGAAGAGUAACUUUAGUUGAAGGAGCAUAUUAA